AUGGCACGGAAAGCGGAAAAUGGGCGAAUGACGGCCAGUGGCGUUGGCGGUGGCACAACACCCAGCGCCACGCCGCCACCUCGUGAAGUAGAAGUCACGGUCUAUGACAAGUUGCUUAACGAGGUGCGUACAUUCCGCUGUCAUCAACACCUUUUGGAGACAUCGAUGGCGUACUUUGAACCUAUAAUACGGCGGUAUCUGGAGGAAGAGGCGGAAGAAGAAAAGAAGAGAAUUCGUGCGGAAAUUGAAAAGGGUAGGGACAGCAUUUCUGGUGCUAGUGCCGCCACGAAUCUAGAGACGAGUAUUGGCGUAACGGAUGGGUCUGCUGACAGGAAGGCGAUUAUUGGAACGAGGGGGCAAGGAGACGUGGGGCCGUCCUCAAGAAUCAGUGGGAACACUCCACUACCACCCAUUCCUAUUCGUGUAAACUGCGAUUUGAGUAUCUUUUCGUGGCUGAUGGCAUAUAUCCAGGGAAAGGAUCGGCCAUUCACUCCUGAGAACGCUGUGUCAAUUGCCUUGUCUUCAAACUUUUUACUUAUGACGCAACUUGUUGAUUUACCCCUUCAAUACAUCAAGGAGAACCUCGUGCAGGUAAUGCUCUCUGGGGUAAACAUGGAGUGCCUUACAGGUGAACUUUUGGCGCGGCUGUGCACCAUGUUAUCGGAGGGCGACCUCGCACGCGCCUUUUUAAGAUUGUAUGACUGGCGAACUGAGUACUCUUCGAAUAGACGUUUCUUGACAGCGCUUCUUCGUCAUGUUGUUUGUGAUCGCCUUGGGGAGCGACGGGCCGGUGGGUUGCGUUGGUGUCAAUACUGCGGAGUUCUGUUUGACCAACAUGAGCUUCUUCGUUUGGAACGGAGUGGGAAAAAUGUGAAACCAGCACUUUGUCCGAGGCUGACAAAGUCCUCCAUUGGGACCCGUGGUGAGAUUCUCAUCACUCAUGUUGCUUCAAAGCAACCUGCCAACCUGGCCUUCCCCUCAAUUUCUUGGGGUGAUGAACAUGUGGAACGGUGGGCGUGGCGCAUUAUUGGAGCAACGUACUUUUUUUUAUGUCGGCAAUGCAACCACCUUGUGUCUCUGACAGAUACCACGACUCACGGGUGUUCUGGAGGAGUGGCGGCUUUUUCCUGCGUUGAGGGCGGAAAUCGAGCCGAUAGCGAAGCACUUCUUGCGUGGUAUGAUUACUCCAAAUAUCUUUACGUUGGUGGUCUCAAUCCCAUUUACUCCCGUCAGACGGACGUGCCACGCGAGUUCGUCCUGACGUUAUCCCCCAUGGGUGAUUGGACCUGUGAGGACGGGGGUGACUGUGCUGUGCCAGGGCUGUGGUGCACUCACCCCAUCGCCGUGGAGAGAUCGGUUGAUACAAAGGGAAGGGUGAGCCUCGAUACACAGAAUGGAUUUGAGCGAUGGUUAAUGUUGGAGCUGCAGCAAAUGAUGGAGGACUUUGGUGCAGGGGGUAAAACAAACGCCUCCGUGAGCGAUGCACAGACGCCAAUACCACCGUCCAAAGCACCGACCACCAAUUUUGCCUUGCAAUUGUCACUCAAGACAAGCAACCGGGGGACAGAAUACAUGGCUGGACCCGGGGCCAGGCGGACAUCGUAUCGCGGCAACAGAGGAGAGAGUCGUAGUGGGUUUGGCUUUGGAAACGAUGUGGUAAACAAGCGGAAGGAGACAACAAAUAAUAACGGCAUUCAGCGUGUGAAGGAUCCAUCCGGUGGUGCACAUGUGGCCUCCAAUUCAAAUAAGAACAACGUUGUUUCCUCUUUCUCUAACAGCGCUCGCGUCAGGUCAGCGCAAUCGUCGAGGCCCUCUGCGAGGAAACUAAUUAACUUUGACCCAGAGUCGAGUGGAGGCAACUCCUUUAUUUCACAAGCUCAACGGCAGUGA